AUACUCGUAGAUAUACACACAUUUGCCCUAAGAGACUGAAGAGGGAUAGAACUGAGCGUAUCCAAAACCGUUUUUCCUCACUUGUUGGCCAUAGCCGUCGAGCUCUGAGCUUCCCUUAUUCGUGCUGCUCCUGUAGAGAGUUUUGAGUGUGACUGGGUUCUUGGCAAGGUCGUUUACGGCCUUGUUGUCUGGAGAUUAUUUAAUGGAUUUCGACGAGUAUGAUUACUUAGAGAAAACAGUUGAGAAUCCAGAAGCGCCGAAAGAGGAGAAGAUUGCGAAUGGUGGAGACAGGACUGUUAAAUCGGGAGAAAAGGACCGUAGCAGGAGCUCCAAGCAUAGGACUGAUGAUAACGAGGAUGAUUUAGAUAACCGCUCCAAGCGAGCACGAUCGGGAGAUGACUCUCGUGAUCAAGAUCGGCACAGAGAGAGGGGUUCCUCUCGUCACAGAGAUGGUGAGAGGAGCGAGAGGGACCGGCACCAUAGGGAACACCGAGAUAGAGAUAGAGAUAGAGAUAGAGAUAGAGAUAGAGAUAGAGAUAGAGAAAGGGACAAGGACAAGGACAAGGACCGGGACAGGGAGAGGGAAGAAAGGAACGGGAAGGAUAGGGAUCGUGACAGAGAUAGAGAGCGGGAGAGAGACCGUGAAAAGAUUAGAGAGCGUGACCGGGAAAGUGAACGGGACAGGGAGAAAGAACGGGAGCGUUCACGCCGCAGCAGGAGCCGCUCCGAGAGGCACCGCAGUGAGCGUGAUAAGGAUGCUGAACGUGAGGUAGACAGAGAAAAGAGCAAAGAGAGGGAGUUAAGGGAAAGGGAGUUACGAGACAAGGAUCGAGAGGGCAGACGAUAUAAAGAGAAAAAGGAGGAAACAGAGCCUGAGGCUGAUCCAGAACGAGAUCAGAGGACUGUAUUUGCUUAUCAGAUUUGUUUGAAGGCAGAUGAAAAAGAUGUUUAUGAAUUCUUUUCAAGGGCUGGCAAGGUGCGCGAUGUACGGCUUAUAAUGGAUCGCAAUUCAAGACGUUCAAAGGGAGUGGGGUAUAUUGAAUUUUAUGAUGCAAUGUCAGUCCCGAUGGCAAUAGCACUUUCUGGUCAGCCACUUCUCGGUCAACCAGUGAUGGUUAAACCUUCAGAGGCGGAGAAAAAUCUGGUUCAGUCAAAUACAGCUGCAGUUGGAGGGCCAGGGGGUGCUAUUGGACCAUAUUCAGGAGGUGCUAGAAGGUUAUACGUUGGCAAUCUGCAUUUCAACAUCACAGAGGAUCAACUUCGUCAGGUUUUUGAACCAUUUGGUCCUGUGGAGCUGGUUCAAUUGCCCCUUGACCCAGAGACUGGACAUUGCAAAGGUUAUGGGUUUGUCCAGUUUGCACGACUUGAAGAUGCCAGAGCUGCACAAAGCUUAAAUGGACAACUUGAUAUUGCUGGUCGGAUAAUCAAGGUAUCUGCUGUUACUGAUCAAGCUGGAAUGCAAGACAUUGGGGCUAAUGCUGGUGAUUUUGACGACGAUGAUGGUGGAGGCUUGUCUCUGAACGCUCGUUCUAGAGCUAUUCUCAUGCAGAAGUUGGAUCGGAGUGGCACUGCUUCAAGUAUUGCUGGUUCACUUGGCACAUCUGUUGUCAAUGGCCCUGGUCUCCCUUUACCAACAGCAUCGGUUCUUGGUACUGCUCCUGUGGUCAACUCCCUUGUUUCCCCACUUGGACAACCAUCUGUUCCUGCACUUGCUGGAUUGCAGGGGACAGGUCUUUCAAUUCCGGCUGCAGGACUGACUUCUCUUGAUAAUAUUGGUGUACCCAGCGAGUGUCUAUUGCUGCAGAACAUGUUUGAUCCAACGUUGGAGACUGAACCAGAUUUUGAUUUGGACAUAAAGGAAGAUGUUCAAGAGGAAUGUGCAAAGUUUGGGCCGGUGAAGCAUAUCUAUGUGGACAAGGCCACUGCUGGGUUUGUAUACCUUCGUUUUGAAAAUACACAAUCUGCGAUGAGUGCACAGCAUGCACUCCAUGGUAGGUGGUUUGCUGGAAAGAUGAUCAAGGCUAUCUUCAUGCCAAUUCCGACCUACGAGGUGAAAUUUCCUGACAGCAGAUAGCUUUGUUUAGUUAUGGACUCAGUGGGAGUUUGAACAGUAGUUUUACUGUUAAAUUUUCCUUUCUCGAAUUUGGUGCUUCAAUGUAUCGUAGGUGGAGUCUGGACAUAUCCUUGUGUAACAAAAGGCGUAUAUAUUGGUACUCAUUUUGGGGGCCUGUUUAGCCCAUUUUAAGAGGGAGGGGGGUUUACCUGUUUGUUAGAUCAAUCGGAGAGCUACUGGUGAAAGACAUUAAUCACAGUACACAUUGAAAUUAUUCAAGUGGUUUAAACGUUUUGACUGAUAUCUAUUUGGUCAAUUCAAAAUGGUGCUUGAACAA